UCAGCUCCAUCCUGGCACUUGCUGGGUGGCUUUUGUCCUGGCAUGUGAUUGCAUCCUCCUCUCCCCCCCCCCCACCCCGUUUUGCCUGGCUUCCUUCCCCCUGCCCUGCGGAGUGGAAAUGGUACAGUCCUUUCUCCAGCAGACUGGUAGCUCGGUGGAUGUUGCUGGAACGUAAGAGCAUCAGCACAGGCUGCAGAGGCUGGCUUGACUGCAGCGAGCAAACCUAUCACCAGGCGGGCACAAGAGAGGCAAGAGGCGUUCUCUCUGCUGCUGCUCCUAGCGCUCUGCACAAGUGUCGGUGCACAACGGUCGGUGUCCCAAGCAGGAGAGCAUCACCCGUGAGGCACGAUGACCCAAGGGAAGCUCUCUGUGAAUAACAAGCCUCCUAACUCCGAGGGACAGCAGGGACAGGGAGAGAAAAAGGACAAUGCGACCGCCCCGUCGGCACCCCCGACGUAUGAGGAAGCAACUUCAGGGGAAGGGAUGAAAACGGAAGCGUUCUCCCCUGCACCGUCUGUGCCGCUCCACCCCAGCUGGGCUUAUGUGGACCCCAGUGCCAGCCCAAACUACGGCAGUGGAGGGUACCCCGGGGACACGGAGCUACUCACGACCUUCAACUGGGAUGACAAAAACGUGCGCAGAGUGUUCGUCAGAAAGGUCUAUGCCAUUCUUAUGCUCCAGCUGUUUGUCACGGUCAGCAUUGUGGCUCUCUUCACCUUCUGUGAGCCAGUCAAAGGUUACGUCCAGUCAAACCCAGCCUGGUACUGGGCUUCCUAUGCCGUGUUCUUUGUGACAUACUUGAUCCUGGCUUGCUGCUCCGGACCCAGGAGGUAUUUUCCAUGGAACCUGAUUCUCUUGAGUAUCUUUACUCUCUCCAUGUCCUAUCUCACUGGAAUGCUCUCCAGCUAUUACAACACCACGUCGGUUCUCUUGUGCCUGGGGAUCACAGCCCUGGUGUGUCUUUCCGUCACCAUCUUCAGCUUCCAGACCAAGUUUGACUUCACCUCCUGCCAGGGCGUCCUCUUCGUCAUGCUCAUGGUGCUGCUCUUCAGUGGGAUCAUCCUGGCCAUUCUCCUCCCCUUCCAAUACGUGCCGUGGCUCCAUGCCAUAUAUGCCGUGCUGGGUGCGAUUGUCUUUACUUUG